GCUGUUCCUGCAGGGAUGGAGGCGAUGGCGGCCAGCACUUCCCUGCCUGACCCUGGUGACUUUGACCGGAAUGUGCCUCGAAUCUGUGGGGUGUGUGGAGACCGAGCCACAGGCUUUCACUUCAACGCUAUGACCUGCGAAGGCUGCAAAGGCUUCUUCAGGAGAAGCAUGAAGCGGAAGGCUCUGUUCACCUGUCCCUUCAAUGGGGACUGCCGCAUCACCAAGGACAACCGCCGCCACUGCCAGGCAUGCCGGCUCAAGCGCUGCGUGGACAUCGGCAUGAUGAAGGAGUUCAUCCUGACAGACGAGGAGGUGCAGCGGAAGCGGGAGAUGAUUCUGAAGAGAAAGGAGGAGGAGGCGCUGAAGGACAGCCUGCGGCCCCGGCUGUCGGAGGAGCAGCAGCGCACCAUCGCCAUCCUGCUGGAUGCCCACCACAAGACCUACGACCCCACCUACGCCGACUUCAGCCAGUUCCGGCCUCCCGUGCGAGGGCGCGAGGGCGGAGGCAGCUACCUGGGGAGGCCGUCCUUGAGACACAUGCCCAGCUUCUCGGCGGACUCCUCCUCCUCCUGCUCCGAUCAGUACACCAGCUCCCCGGACAUGACAGAGCCGACCACCUUCUCCAACCUGGAUCUGAGCGAAGAAGACUCAGAUGACUCUUCUGUGACCCUAGACCUGUCCCACCUCUCCAUGCUGCCCCACCUGGCUGACCUGGUCAGUUACAGCAUCCAAAAGGUCAUUGGCUUUGCCAAGAUGAUCCCAGGGUUCAGAGACCUCACCUCUGAGGACCAGAUUGUGCUGUUGAAGUCAAGUGCCAUUGAGGUCAUCAUGUUGCGCUCCAAUCAGUCCUUCACUAUGGACGACAUGUCCUGGACCUGUGGGGCUGAGGACUACAAGUACCGCAUCAGUGAUGUGACCAAAGCUGGACACAGCCUGGACCUGAUUGAGCCACUCAUCAAGUUCCAGAUUGGGCUAAAGAAGCUGAACUUGCAUGAGGAAGAACAUGUCCUGCUCAUGGCCAUCUGCAUUGUCUCCCCAGACCGUCCUGGAGUGCAAGAUGCUGCGCUGAUCGAGGCCAUCCAGGACCGCCUGUCCAACACACUGCAGACCUAUAUCCGCUGCCGCCACCCACCCCCAGGAAGCCACCUGCUCUACGCCAAGAUGAUUCAGAAGCUGGCUGACCUGCGUAGCCUCAACGAGGAGCACUCCAAGCAGUACCGUUGCCUCUCCUUCCAGCCUGAGUGCAGCAUGAAGCUCACACCCCUCGUGCUGGAGGUGUUUGGCAAUGAGAUCUCCUGACUAGAGCAGCCUGUGGUGGUGCCUGGGUGGGGCUGCUCCUCUGGGGCUGGUGCCCGGGCCUGGGACUGGCUGCUGUCCAGCAGCC